AACAUAUAUGCUAUAAUCAAGCACCCGGCUCCAUAUAUCGGUAACCACCAGUCCACCACACAAACAUUUGAAGAGAGAGAUAAGCAAAAUCGGUAGCAGCUUCUAUACUGAAGGUGAAGGAGAGAGAGAUAGGGAGUAACACUAACUGGUAAGGCAAUGAGAGAAAGAGGUGAGGAUGAACAGAGGGAGGGGAGCAAGAGGAAGAAGGCGGUUGCGACGAAGGUGCCGUUCUUCGGUAUGUUCAGGUACGCCGGGCGCGCCGACUUGGUGCUGAUGGCUGUCGGCACGGUGGCGGCGAUGGUGAAUGGCAUGUCGGAGCCGCUCAUGACGGUUGUCUUCUCCACGGUCAUCGAGACCUUCGGCAGCAGCGACGACAGCACUAUCCUCCACCGGGUCAGCAAGGUUGUUAUGUACUACAUCUAUUUGGGAAUUAUGACGGCAGUAGCUUCAUUUCUUCAGGUGUCAUGCUGGACAAUGGUGGGAGAAAGGCAGUCAACAUGUAUCCGAUCUCUAUACCUCGAAGCUGUUCUAAAACAGGAUAUUUCAUUCUUUGAUGUGGAGAUGACAACUGGGGAAGCAAUUUCUAUGAUGUCUGCAGAUACUGUACUGGUACAAGAUGCCCUUGGAGAGAAGGUAGGCAAGUAUGCACAGCUUUUGACAACAUUUAUUGGAGGUUUUGUCGUCGGAUUUAUAAGGGGCUGGAUGUUGGCUCUUGUUAUGCUGGCAUGCAUACCUCCAUGUAUUCUCUCUUGCGCAGCUGUCUCUCGAUUACGUGCCCAAAUAGCUGCAAGGAGGCAAGCAUCAUAUGGUGAUGCAGGCAAUGUUGUUGAGCAGAGCACUGGAGCUAUAAGAACGGUUAUCUCCUUCAAUGGUGAGAAGAAAGCAAUUGCAUUGUACAAUAGUCUCAUAAAAAGGGCAUACAAGGCAACUGUCUUGGAAGGGAUUGUCACUGGUCUUGGAAUAGGUUGUAUCUUCUGCGUUGUCUUCUGCAGUUACUCUCUAGCCUUUUGGUAUGGCGCAAAGUUAAUCAUCAGCAACGGAUAUACUGGAGGGCAGGUCAUCAACGUCGUAUUUGCAAUACUAACUGGUUCAAUGGCUAUAGGUAAUGCAUCACCCUCUAUUUCUGCCAUUGCCGAAGGUCAAUCUGCAGCACACAGGUUGUUUGAAAUAAUCAACAGAAAACCAAAGAUUGACAUCACCGACACUUCUGGAAUAGUAUUAGACGAUAUCAAGGGUGAUGUCGAACUCAACAAUGUGUUAUUUAGAUAUCCAGCAAGGCCUGAGCAGAUGAUACUCAAUGGGCUGUCUUUGAAAGUGCCUAGUGGUACUACAAUGGCUAUAGUUGGAGAGAGUGGGAGCGGUAAAUCAACAUUACUUAGUCUGGUAGAGAGAUUCUAUGAUCCACAGGCUGGUGAAGUGCUGAUAGAUGGAAUCAACAUCAAGACCUUAAAACUCCAGUGGAUAAGAAGAAAGAUCAGUCUUGUUAGCCAAGAACCAUUACUUUUUAUGACAUCCAUCAAAGAUAACAUAACAUAUGGUAAAGAGGAUGCUACACUUGAGGAGAUCAAAAGGGCAGCUGAGCUUGCAAACGCAGCCAACUUUGUCGAAAAGUUGCCAAACGCAUAUGAGACAAUGGUUGGUCAGAAUGGUGCUCAGCUUUCUGGAGGACAGAAGCAAAGGAUUGCCAUUGCAAGAGCGUUCCUUAAAAAUCCAAGAGUCCUUCUGUUGGAUGAAGCUACUAGUGCUUUGGAUGUAGAGUCUGAGCGAGUAGUUCAAGAAGCAUUAAAUAGGAUCAUGGUAGGGAUAACUACACUCAUUGUUGCUCACCGUAUGAGUACAGUCAGGAAUGCAGAUUGCAUAGCGGUGGUUCAUCAAGGAAAGGUAGUUGAACAAGGUGCCCAUGACCAGUUGAUCAAGGAUCCUGAUGGAGCUUACUGUCAGCUUACUCGGUUACAACAGGCCCACACUGACGAAAUGCGUGAGGUGCCAUCCAUGUCGGAUUCGAGACUUAAAAGUACAAGUUUAUCUAUAGAAAAAUCAAUCAGAGAUUCUCCCAGGAACAGAAGACAACAGUCCAUAAAACUACUUGGACAGUCUGGAUCUGAUGAUUUGCACGGGCAUGCUAAUACGAGCAGACAUGAACACAAGGAAUGUGGUGAUAGUGAAGCUGCUAAGAAAGCACCAAUUGGCCGUCUUUUUAUUCUCAAUAAGCCAGAAGCACCAAUUCUCUUCAUAGCUCUUAUAGCUGCCUUUGUGCAUGGACUUCUUUUCCCAUCAUUUAGUAUUAUGAUGUCAGGUGGUAUAAGAACUUUCUACUAUCCAGCAAACCAACUUCGAAAAGAUUCUAGGUAUUGGGCAUUGUUGUGCCUUCUGAUGGCAAUCAUUUCUCUGGUUUCAAUCCAAUUGGAAUUUUUCCUAUUUGGAAUGGCCGGUGGGAAACUUAUAGAACGUGUCCGUGCUUUGUCUUUCAAAAGCAUCAUGCAUCAAGAGGUUUCUUGGUUUGAUGAUUCUUCUAAUUCCAGUGGUGCACUUGGUGCAAGGCUGUCUGUUGAUGCAUUGAACAUCCGAAGCCUUGUGGGAGAUAACUUGGCCAUACUAGUGCAGUGUACAGUAACACUUGUUUCUGGCUUCGCCAUAGCAUUUGUUUCUGACUGGAAGCUUACACUGAUCAUCAUAGGCGUGAUUCCUUUUCUGGGCUUGCAGAAUUAUAUUCAAGUGAAGUUCUUGAAAGGGUUCAGUGAAGAUGCUAAGGUGAUGUAUGAAGAUGCAAGUCAAAUUGUGGCUGAAGCAAUUGGUAGCAUUCGAACUGUAGCAUCUUUCUGUGCAGAGAAGAGAGUAAUUACAGUGUACAGCCAAAAAUGCCAAGAUUCAAUGAAACAGGGAAUUAGAAGUGGAAUGGUUGGAGGCCUCGGUUUCAGUUUCUCCAGCCUAAUGUUGUAUCUGACAUAUGCUCUUUGUUUCUACGUUGGUGCACAAUUUGUACAUGAGGGCAAAUCAACCUUUAAAGAUGUUUUCAGGGUUUAUUUUGCUUUGGUUUUCACAGCUUUUGGAAUUUCCCAAACAAGUGCAAUGGCAUCAGAUUCAACAAAAGCUCGAGAAUCCGCAACAUCCAUACUAGCUUUGAUAGAUAUGAGGUCCAAAAUUAACUCAACUAGUGAUGAAGGCAUAAAGUUAGAUAAAGUUGAUGGCAACAUACAUUUCAACCAUGUCACCUUCAAGUACCCAUCCCGCCCAGAUGUCCAAGUAUUCAGCGAUUUUACUUUGGAUAUUCCUUCCAGAAAGACUUUUGCACUAGUUGGAGAGAGUGGUAGUGGCAAGUCCACAGUAAUUGCUUUGCUUGAGCGAUUCUAUGAUCCGGAUUCUGGCACAAUCUCACUAGAUGGAAUAGAACUCAAAAACUUGACACUGAGUUGGUUAAGAGACCAAAUGGGACUGGUAAGCCAAGAACCAGUGCUUUUUAACGACACAAUCCGUGCCAACAUAGCAUACGGAAAACGAGGAGAAGCUACGGAAGAGGAGAUUAUCACUGUCGCCAAGGCAGCCAACGCUCAUGAAUUCAUAUCAAGCUUGCCUCAGGGAUACAACACUAACGUUGGCGAGAGAGGAACACAACUAUCUGGAGGGCAGAAACAACGGGUAGCUAUUGCAAGGGCGAUCUUGAAGGACCCUAGAAUACUUCUUCUCGACGAGGCAACAAGUGCCUUGGAUGCUGAAUCAGAGCGUAUUGUUCAAGACACAUUGGACCAGGUAAUGGUCAGCAGGACCACCAUUGUGGUAGCACACCGUCUGUCCACGAUCAAAGGGGCAGAUAUGAUAGCCGUCAUUAAAGAUGGUUCAGUUGCUGAGAAGGGAAAGCAUGAAUCCCUCAUGAGCAUCAAGGACGGAGUCUAUGCAUCACUGGUCGAACUACACUCAAAGGGAUCUUAAGGAGAUGUGCCGAUAUUUAUUGUCCGCCUCUCCCCUUGUAGCUAAAAAUGAAAAACUCAUGUGGCACUUGCAUUGCAAGUCGAGCGAUGUAAAUUCUAAACAAAUGUUAAGGCUAAUCUCCCAU